AUGGCCGCCGACGCUUCAGUUGACCAGCUGGCCGCCCUGCUGAAGGACCUGCCGCCCCUCGACCAGUACCCAAACUGCUUCCCCGCCAUCAACCCCGUCGACAUCUACCGAUCCCACAUCACCUCCAUCCUGCACAAGAUCACCGGCGUAGACCCCAAGGUCAUCUACCCGGCCCUGCAAUGGACCGCGACCCUGGACAAGGGUGACUUGGUGCUGGCCAUCCCGGCCUUGAGGGUCAAGGGCAAGCCCGAUGCACUGGGCAAGGAGUGGAUGGACAAGUGGGAAGAGUCGCCCCUCGUCGAGAAGCCCAUCCACACCGGCAACUUCAUCCCCUUCUUCUUCAAGCCGGGCCCUCUCGCCAAGGCCGUCAUCCCCCUCGCCCGCCGCAACAAGACCGAGUACGGCGCAAACAAGUCUCUCGGCCUCAAGGACCAGAACGACCCGUCAAAGGGUAAGAAGCGCAUGAUUGUCGAGUUCAGCUCCCCCAACAUCGCCAAGCCUUUCCACGCCGGCCACCUGCGAAGCACAAUCAUUGGCGGCUUCUUGGCCAACCUCUAUGAGGCGGCCGGGUGGGAUGUCGUCCGCAUCAACUACCUGGGCGACUGGGGAAAGCAGUACGGCCUGUUGGCCCUGGGCUUCGAGAAGUAUGGCAGCGAGGAGGAGCUGACCCGGGAUCCCAUCAACCACCUGUUCAACGUCUACGUCAAGAUCAACCAGGAUAUCACCGCCGAGAAGGAGCAGGCCGAGAAGCUCCAGGCCGAGGGCAAGGCCGACGAGGCCCAGAAGAUCAGGGACGAGGGUUUCGACGAGCAGGCCCGUCGCUACUUCAAGCAGAUGACCGAGGGUGAAGAGAAGGCCCUGGCCCUGUGGAAGCGCUUCCGGGAUCUCUCCAUCGAGAAGUAUAAGGAGACGUACGCCCGACUCAACAUCCGCUACGAUGUUUAUUCCGGCGAGAGUCAGGUCCCCGAGGAGGACAUGCAGGCUGCUGCCAAGAAGAUGGCCGACAUGGGUCUCACCGAGGAGGACAACGGCGCUCUUCUCCUCGACUUCGCCAAGCACGUGCCCGGAAAGGCGGGCAAGAGCCUGGGCAAGGCCAUCCUCCGCAAGAAGGACGGCACCGCGCUCUACCUUACCCGUGACAUUAGCGAGAUGCUGAACCGAUACAAGAAGUACGACUUUGACCAGAUGAUCUACGUUGUCGCCUCCCAGCAGGACCUGCACCUCAAGCAGUUCUUCAAGAUUGUCGAACUCAUGGGCUACAAGGAUAUCGCCGCCAAGGUCCAGCACAUCAACUUCGGCAUGGUCCUGGGCAUGAGCACCCGGAAGGGCACGGUCAAGUUCCUCAACGACAUUCUGCGCGACGUCGGAGAUCACAUGCACGACGUCAUGCGCAAGAACGAGGACAAGUACAAACAGGUUGCGGAUCCCGUAGCCACGGCCGAUACCUUGGGUAUCAGCAGUGUCAUGGUCCAAGACAUGACUGGAAAGCGCAUCAACAAUUACGAGUUCAACAUGGAUGCCAUGACGUCCUUCGAGGGUGAUACCGGCCCCUACCUGCAAUAUGCCCACGCUCGCCUCUGCUCCAUCACCCGCCGAGUCGCCCUCAGUGAAGAAGAGCUCGCAUCUGCAGACUUCUCGCUGCUCACCGAAUCCCAUGCCACAGAAUUGAUCAGGGUGCUGGCGCAGUGGCCCGACGUUGUCCAGAAUACCCUUCGAACGCUGGAGCCAACCACCGUCAUGACCUACCUGUUCAAGAUGACACACACCUUGAGCGCUAGUUACGACCAUCUGCGAAUCGUCGGUAGUGAGCCAGAGCUGAUGAAGGCGCGUAUGGCGCUCUACGAUUCUGCUCGGAUCACACUCAAUAACGCCAUGCGCUUGCUGGGUCUAAGUCCAGUUGAGAGGAUGUAA